AUGAACGAAGUUACUUGUUCCAUAACUGGUGACAACCCAAUUCAUAAGAUCAACAAUGGAUUAGGCUUGAAAUGGAAUAAUCUGGGUAAAUUCUCUGAUUUUCAGACUAACGAUAGCGCCGCGCGAGAUGCUAGAACAAUAGAUUACAUCUUUACCAAUUGUCAAACCGGCAGCAGUAUUGGUAAGAUAGAUUUUCGGGCCGCACUACCGGCAGAUAAAUCUCAACAUAGUGGUGUCAGCGAAAAAGAAUUUUCAAGACUUGAGAACCAGUGGUCAAAGGAAUUCUCUUGUUUCCCCAAGAAUAAAAAUGCUGAUGUGACCAAGCCCAGUAGAAACAAACAUGAGAAACGCUCCGCUAAUUUGCACAAUAGGUACUUUGCACAAUAUUAUAGUACGGCAUAUCAGCAAAAUCGUAUAUAUCCUUGUCGAAUAUCUUACAAUGAACACUCAUCUGUUUCUAAUGGCUGGGAAUUUCAGUUCAAAUCAAUCGAAAAUCAGUUACUAAAUGAGCUAAAGAUAGAAAACAAUGUAGAAGAAAAAACUGUUGGUUAUGAAUAUGUGGCAGAAUACGAAGAAACAAUUGAUUUCAUGCAUAUGCUGUCAUCCGUACCACAAACAUAUCAAUUCCUAAAAUCAAACAUCUACAUAACGGAACGGGACCCAUAUAAAAUAGGAUGUGUACUAAUGGACAACGGUUCCAAUUUGAACGAAGUAGUAAUGGCCUUUGAAGCAGCCAUUUCACAAGAUCCAAGCCAUAUAAAUGCAUGGUUGAAGUUAGGUAUAGUUAAUUUUGAAAAUGAAAGCGAAAGCAAUGGAGAGCUUGCUUUGCGAAAUUGCUUAAAUUUGGAUCCAAAUAAUACAAUUGCAUUGGAAAACUUAGCAAUUCACCAUAUAAAUCAACAAAAUGAAUCAGAGUCAUUGAAACUUUUUCACAAAUGGAUUCUUUCAAAAUUUUCGAAGGUUUUCCAACCUUCUGCGGGGGAAAACAAAGAUAGCAUUAAUAAAAUUCCGAAAAAGGCCCAUUUGGCGCAUAUUCUAGAAUCCCUGUUGAAUAUGGGUAUAGAAAAAAAAGAUCAGUAUGAUAUAUAUUCAGUAUUAUCAAUCUUAUAUUAUUCGGAUCAGAAAAUAAAGCAAUCUCAGAAAUGCUUAGAGUUUUUACUACUGGAAAAGCCCAAUAAUGGAACAAUAUGGAAUAGAUAUGGUGCUAUUUUGGCCAAUACUAAGUCGUAUCACUCUGCGAUAAAUGCGUACAAUAAAUGCAAACAACUAAGACCGAAUUUUACAAGGGUUCGUUAUAAUUUAGCGAUCGCCUACAUGAAUAAGGGUGACUAUGUAAAAGCAAGCAAAAUGCUAAUCGAAGUUAUACUGUUACGAAGUAAAGGAUAUGAACACAACAAAGCAAAAAUGCAAAACAAAUUUAUGCAAAAUUUAAAAAAUGCUCUCAUCGCUUCAAAAAAUUUUGAUUCACUUGAUCUAAUAAAUGGUUCUCAUAAUACAGAAUCGUUAAUAUCAACCUUAAAAGCUAUUUAUAACAAAAUGGAUUAG